AUGUUACAUAUAUCAUCUGUUUCAUUUCUUCUGGUAUACGAAGGACGAAUGAAGCCAGCUAGAAGCAGUGACGAUGAACCGGACGUAAUUGACCUAACAAAAUGCUAUAAUCAUCAAGGAAUACUGACAUUUUCUAUUCCACCUCCAUCCCCAUUCGCUGAUAAUCAAUUUCAGUCUCAAAUGAUGUUCUAUCAGAACGAUGAUGAACAUCAAUCCAAUGCAAUUAUGACUUGGUCAGUGCCUACAGAACAAGGAAGCUUAAGCUAUCGAAUCAAUAACAAUGAACAUCCGACCUUUAACAUUGCGAAUGAUAGGCAAACAACGCAAACGACUAGUAAAUGGCGACGCGCAUUAAACAAAUUAUUGAGACGAAGAAAAUUUGUCGAGCGGAAACAAGUUAAUCCUGUUAACGUUAAUCAUGUGUAUAAUUUCGGUUCGGGCAAAAUAACUGAAGUGAAUACGUUAACAUUACGUUCGAAUAAUCAGAAACGUGUCCAUUGGUUUGACGAUGAAGAAAAUCAAAUAAAUCAAUGUUAUUAUUUCACAGAACAAUUACAAUCUUUUGUUCAGCUGAUUAUUGAUGGUAAAGACAGUGAAGACGACUUCGAUAAAUGUCAAUUGGCGUUGGAUCAGCUUCAGUCAAUAGGAAAUUAUCGAGAAAUUAAAGAAGAAUUUGAAGAAUUGAUUAGAUUAAGCCACAGCCGAGAUACGAAUCGAUUGAUUCAACAAGAGAAAUACAUUGAAAGUUUAGUUUCUCGCAUGACUGUUUUUUCUGCUUAA